UAAAAACUCGAGCCGGUCAAACCAGGACUGCAAUUUCUUCCCCCUCUCGUCCUUUUCCUCUCUCUCAUCACGGGCUCUCUCUCGUCUCUUUUCCUUUCUCUCCCAUCGCAGUUUUUUCAUGUGCGUUGACUCCCCUCUCUCGGACACACUCCCUCUCCAGAAUUGCGUACAGGUUAUUCACCAGGGAUUGUCUCUGAACAAGGGUUUCUUCCUUGGAGUUUAUGGAUUCUCACUUUCAUGCCGGAUUCAAGAUCUACUCCUAUUCGAAGAUCUUCGACUCUCAACCGUCCAAUUCUUCAAUCGCCACCUACCAGCCGUCGGAUAUCUCGUUCUCUGCUUCAACACCGUGGUUUCGAGAGCUUUGGGAUCUGGUUUGCAAAUAGUAUCGCUGUAAAUUAGAGGAUCAUUGAGGGAAUCAUCUCUUUUUGAAAGAUUGAAUUGCUAAAGAUUUACUGUUUUUGUGGGAACACAAACACGAAAUACCUACAAUAUUUCGAAAUGACUAUUAGAUCUGAUCCCCUCCGUUCCAAAAUAUCUUGGAAGGGAAGGUCUUCUGGUUGGGCCGCCUUUGAUCGGAAGCAGCGUGAAGCUCGUGGUGAUUUACCAAAAAUUGAAGCAGACCCAUACCCACCAAUGCCCCAUUCCUCUUCAUCGUCUUCAAUAACCCAAUCGAAAAAGAUCAUAAGAACUUACGACAAUGGAGAUAACAUGGGUUAUGGGAAUCCUAGGGCUGCUUCGCUUAUUCCAUCAAUCAUAGUGUUGAAAGAUUUCUCGCCACAAAAGUCUUUUUCUUCAGUACUAAAACCCUCCACAGAUUCCGACUCAUCUAUUAACAAUUCUAAACUCAGAGGUCAGACUACUGAAGAAACUAGCAACGAAGUUGUUAUUGAGAAUCUGAAGAAGCAGUAUGGUUGGGCUGAUCUCAGUUUGAUUGGGGAUGUCUUAGUUGCAGUCAAUUAUGACAAGGACCAGGCUUGCACCCUCUUGGAAUCCAUGGAAUAUCAACCUAGAAAAUCUGAAGAAUCGAAGGAAGAAUCCAUAGAUCCAACUGGUGGUCUUUGUGAGAGGAUGGAAUGUGUUGAACUUGGAAAGCCAUUAGCACUUGAUUCGAACAGUGACUUAUGUCGGACACCAGCUAUGCGGAGUGUGCUUUCUGCACCUGUUGAGCCUGAGUGGGAAGAGGAUGAUGUAUAUUUGACCCAUCGAAAAGAUGCGAUUCGGACGGUCAGGGUGGCUAGUCAGCACUCACGGGCUGCCAGUAAUGCAUAUUUAAGAGGGGACCACCAUGUGGCACAACAGCUCUCAUCGAAGGCCAACAAGGAGUGGUUAAAAGCCGAGCAAUUAAAUGCUAAGGCAGCUGAAGAAAUUCUUCGUAUUAGAAAUAGUGAGAAUGACAUGUGGAAAUUGGAUUUACAUGGCCUUCAUGCAUCAGAAGCAGUGCAUGCCUUGGAGAUUCAUUUGAAAAGGAUUGAGACUCAACUGAUGAAGAGCAAGAAUUCUUUAUCUUAUGAUGCAAUAACUAGUCUGAUAGAGGGGAAAGAAGGUCCUAGUUUUGCUGGGAAUGUGGAUGGUUUAGAUGGGGUGAAGGGUGGUGAUGAAACAUCACUACCUGUACUUCCACUGCCAAGGCCAAGCCAGACACUACUGCAGGUUAUAACCGGUAUGGAGACAACUCAACUAAUCUCUUGCGCUGUGUUGCUAACUUGCAAUCGUGUUUGGACAUGUGGAUAAUGUUGUACCGCUUUCCUUUGACUGCAAGCUGAGCAUUCCUAUCUGUUCUUUUUCUCGUUUUUGUUCUUUCGGGCUUCUGAAAAUGAUUGAGAAUUUCUGAAAGGGUAGGGAAACCCUAAAAAUCAAUAAGUUUUUGUUUCUAGAGGAGAUAAGACUAACCA